AAGUGUUUGCAAUUGACUUUCUUGGUUUAUAUGCUUAACGUGCCUUUAAUAAUAAAUGUCUAUGUCAGUAAAUAUGAAUGUUUAUCAUCGAUCCGGUGAAUUGUGCUCACGUAGCGAUGCAACGACGUGCGUUGUAGCGUCAUAGAAUGUCGAUGUUCAAAAUGUAAUGUUUAUUAUGUCGCAUUAAGUAUGUUGUCGCAGCAGUGCGAGCCAAAAUGUGCCAUUUUGACAGAUCCGUAGACCCUUGCUGCAUAGCAAUGCCUCGUUUUCUGCACAAACAACCCCCAAAUCCAUCCACGGUACGUUUAUGUUUUUUCAAAUUUUGCGGAAAAAGUAUGUUGAAUGGCUGUACUCUACUAUAGUCAUUCAUUUAAAAAACGAAGCCGACAACGAUCGGCAUUGUGGUGGUCAAAUGGCUCUCCAAUUUCAUGAAACUUGUGCAACCCAGUCGACAACAAAACAUUUGUUAACAUUUAUUUGACCAAGAACAUCGUAGGGUCGUUGUCAUUACACAUUGGCCCUGACUAUUUAGGUCUAGUUGACGUAGCAGUAGUAGACAUCAUUAAUGUUAACAUUGCUGCUAUCUGAUACCAGCGUCAAGACAAACAGCAUAGAUGGCGGCACUUCCGGUCUUUUCACAAUAAUACAAUAUAUAACCUUAUGAGGCAGUCACGUUUCGUUGAAUUCAGUCACAAAUAUUUAAAAAACAUAAUCCACUCUUAUUCAGUCAGUGUUCCUUCUAUAUUUAAUAAGUACAUUAUUAAAUUAGUUUCUUAUCAAUUCUACUUCUAGACAUUCUCUAUUAUUUUCUUUCCCCUGAUAAAAUGGUAAUUUGUAAACAUGUUACACAGGAAGUAAGAUAAUAUAUGACUUUAUUCGUCCCUGAGUGGGGAAAUAUGCAAUGAACACACUGUCAGUAAUUGCUGAGACACAGAGAAGGCUACGUAUAAGCUCUGCUUCUUCUUACUUCCUUUCAGACGUGUCAGAAAAAUAAACGAAUAACUUUUUUGUGACUAUACUGUGUAAUACUUUUACGACAUAACGUAUACACUGUAGUGUACUAUAUACACUGCGACGUUAAACAUCAUUUAAACUUUUACAAGACGUAUUGUUCUGUAUGUGUGACUGUAGGUAAAUAUAAAGUAAGUAAGUAAAUAUAACUUUUUCAUUGUUUUUAAUUCAAGGUGUCGUCUACCUUUGAAUUGGUUUGGGACGAAGACACAGUGCUAUUAUUAUGACGUCAGGAUGUUCUAACUUCCUGUCAUGUUCUUCUUUCCGACAGCCUUGGCGCACUUUCUUCUCGUUUUCCUUGCGGAUGUAUUUAGGGAGGCCCGGUGGUUGCGAGGGUAGUGAUGUGGUUCUGAAGAACUGCGGUGGCGGAGGGAUCUGCGCGACAGCGACAAAGAGCCAAAGCAAGCAAGCAGGCUGGCUAAGCUAGCAGACGUUAGCUAGCUUACGACUUAGCUAUGGUCGACAUUAUAAAGUGCCAGAUAAGCUAGGCUAAAACAAAACAAAACACGACUUUCUGUUAAAAAUUAUCGUAUUAACCUGUAGUGAGUGAGUGGAUUUUAUAACCCCCUGAGAAUGGAGAAGAAAAGGUGGGAUUGCACUGCUCUCCCCAAGGGCUGGAAAAUGGAAGAAGUGACCAGAAAGUCGGGUUUGUCCGCCGGGAAAAGCGAUGUCUAUUAUUUUAGUCCAUCAGGGAAGAAGUUUCGGAGCAAGCCUCAGCUGGCCCGUUACCUUGGCAACCAGAUGGACCUCAGCUCCUUUGACUUCCGCACUGGGAAAAUGCUGAUGAGCAAAUUGAACAAGAACCGGCAGAGGAUGCGCUACGACAACAACAAUCAGAACAAGGGAAAACCAGACUUAAACACGUCGCUUCCAGUCAGACAGACGGCUUCUAUCUUUAAGCAGCCCGUUACCAAGGUUACCAACCAUCCGAGCAACAAAGUGAAGACGGAUCCCCAGAAAGCUGUGGAUCAACCUCGACAACUGUUUUGGGAGAAAAAACUCAGUGGUCUGAAUGCAUACGACAUUGCAGAAGAGCUGGUGAAAACCAUGGAGCUGCCUAAAGGCCUCCAAGGUGUUGGUCCAGGCUGCACGGACAAGACGCUGCUGUCGGCCAUCGCCAGCGCCCUCCACACCAGCGCUGCCCCCAUCACCGGCCAGCUAUCUGCUGCCGUGGAGAAGAACCCGGGCGUGUGGCUCAAUACCACGCAGCCGCUCUGCAAGGCAUUCAUCGUCACUGAUGAGGACAUCAGGAAGCAGGAAGAGCUGGUGUACAGUGUGAGAAAGCGCCUGGAGGAAGCGUUGAUGGCCGACAUGUUGGCUCACAUGGAGGAGUCGACGGCCGGUGAGGGCGACACCGUCAAAGAGGAGGGAAACAGCAGUGAGGACAUGGAGAGCGUAUAGCGGCACCUCGUCCUUCUGCUGCACUUGUAGAGGAGGAAAGAUGUCAUUGUGAAAAUGUUUUUUUUUUUUUUCUUGGUCGUCUUCAUACACAUAGACAUUUGACGAGCCCCUUUGUGAUCCUGAUCUCCACCAGUUGCAAUCAUGAUGACCAAAAGACUCCAAAUGUUGAAUAAGAUAAAUAUUUUUACAUAACUUUCUUGAGUUAUACAACCAUGUUGGUGACAUUUUGGGGUGCUUACUCAUUUUAAGGCAGAUUGGACAUGAAUGUUUUGCCACUAUCUUGAAUUUUUAUGAUGCCCUCCAUGUUUACUACUCUUAUGUCUGUGGCGAACAUUUGUAACUUAAAUUUAUACACUAAUUAGUGUUAAUGUUGAUGAUGUUGCCAAGCAAAGUGAUCUUUUAUCAGUUAUUUUUUUAAAUACAUGCAAGUCACUACAGACAUAAGUUGGUGUCACAGCAGAUUGCCCAUUACUUCCUCUUUUUUAACUUCUCACUAAUUGAUCUCAUGAAUAUAUAUUUUUUUUGAAUCCCGGUUUUGUUGAUGUGUAAUGGUAAAGAAUUAUGUUUCAUGCUGAAAUUGUCCAAUAUCAGCAAGCUUAAUGCUGAGAGGAAUUUGAUUGUAUUGCCUAAUAAAAGUCAUUAUGUCAAAAUA